CAUUCAAAUGUCAACGGUUACCAUCUGGUAUAAAUGCUCUUCCACUCUCAUACUCAAUUCAUCCAUCCAUUCAAAACGUGCCCUCUUUGCAUCCUUCUAUUAAUCCAUGGAUAUCUCUAUGGAGCCAGAGGUGAAGGACAUGGCUCUUGACGAAACCAAAUUCGAUCUCCCUGUCGAUUCCGAGCACAAGGCGAAAACCCUAAAACUCUUCUCUUUCGCAAACCCUCACAUGCGAACAUUCCACCUCUCCUGGAUCUCUUUCUUCACCUGCUUCGUCUCCACCUUUGCCGCCGCCCCCAUGAUCCCCAUCAUCCGUGACAACAUCAACCUGACGAAGGCCGACAUAGGCAAUGCAGGUGUAGCCUCCGUCUCUGGCUCCAUUUUCUCCCGUCUUGUCAUGGGUGCAGUCUGCGACAUUUUGGGUCCUCGCUACGCCUGCGCAUUCCUCGUCAUGCUCAUCGCACCUGCGGUUUUCUGCAUGUCUUUGAUAUCCUCCGCGGAAGGAUAUAUUGCGGUGAGAUUCAUGAUUGGAUUCUCGCUGGCGACGUUUGUGUCGUGCCAGUACUGGAUGAGCACCAUGUUCAAUAGCAAGAUUAUUGGCAUCGCUAACGGGACGGCGGCUGGAUGGGGGAAUAUGGGGGGAGGAGCUACGCAGUUGCUGAUGCCGUUGGUGUUUGAUUUGAUAAGAAAGAUAGGGGCGACUCCGUUCAUUGCUUGGAGGAUCGCCUUCUUUAUUCCAGGAUGCAUGCACGUCAUAAUGGGACUCCUGGUUCUCACAAUGGGCCAGGAUUUGCCUGAUGGAAACCUUGGCAAACUCAAAAAACAGGGAGACGUCAACAGAGACAAGUUCUCCAAGGUUCUGUUGCACGCGGUGACCAACUACCGAACAUGGAUCUUUGUCCUUCUCUACGGAUACUGCAUGGGCGUCGAGCUCACCACCGACAACGUCAUCCACGAGUACUACUACGACCACUUCCACCUCGACCUCAAGACCUCCGGUUACAUCGCCGCAUCCUUCGGCAUGGCCAACAUCAUCGCCCGCCCCUUCGGUGGGUUUGUCUCCGACUUCAGCACCAAGCGCUUUGGCAUGCGCGCUCGUUUAUGGAACGUCUGGAUCUUACAGACCGCUGGCGGUGCUUUCUGCAUGUGGCUCGGCCAAGCCAAGUCCCUCCCCGUCUCUAUCUUCGCUAUGAUUUGCUUCUCGGUCUGUGCUCAGGCAGCUUGUGGCGCGAUAUUUGGCGUUAUCCCCUUCGUCUCUCGACGAUCUCUUGGAAUUGUGUCGGGGAUGACCGGAGCUGGAGGAAAUUUCGGCGCUGGGCUAACACAAAUUAUGUUCUUCACUAGCUCACAGUAUUCGGCGGGCACGGGGCUUACUCUGAUGGGGAUAAUGAUAAUGGCGUGCACGUUGCCUGUGGCUUUCGUGCAUUUUCCGCAGUGGGGGAGCAUGUUCUUGCCGGCGUCGAAGAGUGUGACUGAAGAGGAUUACUAUGGCUGGGAGUGGAGCGAAGAGGAGAAGCAGAAGGGCUUGCAUUCUGCGUCCAUGAAGUUUGCGGAUAACAGUCGGUCGGAGAGGGGACGGCGCGCCCCAAUCGCCUCGGUCCCGACGCCGCCAAAUGCAACGCCGGUGCACGUUUAGACCUGAGAGCAAAUGAGUAAUAAGCAUGGGAGAAAAUGGAACUUUUUAUGUUAUGAUCCGUGAG